UUUCGUGAAGUGGGUCUGAAUCUCCAGCAAAUCGCACGUUUUCCUUCGAGAUCGUGACUCCCCAAACGCGAUCAGCCAAACGAGAACGUGGCAGAGAAGAGCUAGCAAUGGCGGUGGCGGAAAACGAUGUGGCCACCCGACGACUCGUGUUCCUUGCCGCCUGGGCAAGGGGGGACCCAAGAACGCAGGCUUUCCAUUUCCUGAACAUCGUCGGAUUGUUCGAGGAGACGCUCUCGUGGCCGUCGGAUGCGGAUGCUGGGCAGCCUGCCGUCGCUGUUCCAGACACGCAACGUUAAUAACGAGCGUUCAAACAAAAUCCAAUUAUGAGUUCGCGUUCAAUUUAAAUUAUGACUCUCUCAUUCAAACCAUCGUCUGUCUCUCUCUCUCUCUUAGCUGUAGAAGAGAACAGACGGUUUCGUGACUGUGCUUCUCUCCUGUUAAUGGCUCCUCCUUCUAACUACUCUGGAUGGAGCUCGCUGACAAUGAGCGAGAAGUUAUGCUGUGCGUUGAUUCCGGUGGUGGCGAUCCUUGACGUGAUUGUGAGCGCCUGCGUCGGGUGCUUCGAUCAUCAAAUCAGGAGGAAGCCUGCCCGCCAACUGGCCGAUGCCGAGCGCCUUGCGAUGAACACGCCCUUUAAUGUGAAUGAGGUCGAAGCAUUGUAUGAACUAUUUAAGAAGGUGAGCAAUUCGUUGAUCGAGGACGGGCUGAUACAUAAGGAAGAACUUCAACUUGCCUUGUUCAAUACUUCAUUCGGUGAGAACCUUUUCAUUGACAGGGUCUUUGAUCUAUUUGACGAAAAGAGAAAUGGUGUAAUUGAAUUCGAGGAGUUUGUUCGCUCACUCAGUGUAUUCCAUCCAAAUACACCUCUUCAAGAAAAAAUUGAUUUUGCAUUUAGGCUUUAUGAUCUGAGACAAACUGGUUUCAUAGAGCGUGAAGAAGUUAAGCAAAUGAUAGUUGCUAUUCUUCGCGAAUCGGAUAUGACAUUAUCAGAUGAACUUCUUGAAGACAUUAUUGAGAAGACAUUUUUGGAGGCUGAUGCUGACAUGGAUGGGAAAAUAAACAAGGAUGACUGGAAGCUGUUUGUUUUACGGCACCCAUCUUUGUUGAAAAACAUGACCCUCCCUUACUUAAAGGACGUCACGACCGUUUUCCCAAGUUUUGUGUUCCAUUCUCAAGUGGAUGAUUAGAAGUUCUAAUUGUGUUUUGGAGGGUUUGAAAACGUUGGACUCAGUGGAUCAGAAUGCUCUGCCUGUUUGAGAUCGCACAAUGUGGAUGACUGGACAUACAUCAGUGGAAGUAACAUUGAACAGGAGCCAUUUUUGCUACUACUGCAGAACUGUCCAGUGUGGCUUCAUCUUCAAUGUCCCUGAUGACAAGUAGCCGUGCUUUUCCAAGGCAUCUUGAUGAAUCUUCUUGGCAAUCACACUCAUUCUGCCUGUGCAGUUUGUGUUGCCAUGUUGUACUGAAUGAGUACAAUCAAUGUGCUUGCAUUCCACUUGGAGGCAUUCUGUCUCAUUGCUUCCCUGGAAACAUUAUUUGGCCAAAUUGUACAAUAUUUUGUUUCUUCCAACUGUAAAGUUUUCACAAAUUUGAAUAAAGCUUCGACAUGUGGUUUAUUAUCA